CCUAAUUUGCUCAAGUAAAAAUGGCAAAAAAAAUGCUGGAGUGACGUUCUGUUUUAUUUUGUUCGACAAAGCUUUUGAACGCUUUCAGACAUGUCGCCAGUAGAGGGCGUCACAGAGGAAAAUCACGUGACUGUAAUUUUCCAGAAGCUCAGUGAAACUCGUUGGUCCUUUUGUUCGGUUUCAUUCGAGACGAGACGACAGCAGUAGUACGACGACGGGAGUGGCCGCAGACAUUUAGCAAUCAGGAACGAUCUUUAUUAACUUCUGAAUUACUCGGUUACUUUGUGAAAGGCGACCAUAUUGUACGUUUGUUACCGUCGUGACCUUGAUACGGUUUCAACUGAAGCAAUAGUAACUGCUUGUGGAGGACAAUAACUAAGGGAGGAGACUCUCACCUAGCAAUGGCUCCUGUUCAACUGAGUGAUGAACCCAGUGGUGUUUUUGAUCAGAGGAGCCCCUCCUCCUACUACUCCAGGAAUAGUUAUGAAAGCAGCCCUUCCUCAUCUUCUGGCAGCGACAGAGGCCGUCACAGGUCUUCAUCAUCCAGCGACAGUUCCUCAUCUCGUUCCAGGUCCCGCUCUCAUCCUCGCUGCCACAGACAUUCCCACUGUCGCGGUCAUCGAAGAUACAGCCGCCACCAUGCAUCACGCCGCUACAGGGCGCACUCUCGAUCCGACAGCCGCUCACCCUCACUGGACAGGUAUCACAGGCUCCAUAGGUGCUCCACUUCUCACUCCAGAUCCCGCUCAAGAGCUUCAUAUGCUGGGAGGAGAUACAGCAGGGUCCAGGCUCGUUUUAAUGGGUUUCCCAGAUCACCGUCCAGAUCCUAUAGGAGUCCCUCGAGAUCCUCAGGAAGUUCAGUCAUCUUGAGUUUGGAAGAUAAGAGAGAACUUCUCAAAGUUGCAAGAAACAAUGCCAUGAAGCUGCUGGGAGUGGAGAAACUGGAGCUUCCUGAGAGUGUGAAACCGAUCCUGUCAGAGCAGGUGGAGAAGCACAAAUGGGGGCUGCCCGAGUCUGAGCCAAGGGUUAGACCACACCCUAAAAAGAUAUCAUCACAGCGCAACGAAGCAGAGGCCUCAGUCACCAGCCCAAAGAUUGCCGCAAAAACAAAAACCAUCACUUUCAGCAUCAAUAAUUGUGUGGCCAAACCAACCAUGAUUGCGCCAUCCAGUGCUAAGGUAACAGCUAGAGUGGACAGCUAUGAAAGCAGGAAGCCCUAUGGCCACUGGGUCCCGGUCAUGUCUGGCAAGUCCUCCAGGGCACGCAAACAAGUGCGCACCAAGUCACAGUAGGGAUGGGACACCACCGAGAGGACAUUGUAUAUACUGUAAAUACUUUGUACAUACGUUGACAUUUUCUUUCAGAUGGUUAAAGAUUUAAGUGGGAAGGAGUGAAGAAAUCUUUCAGGUGCGAUUAUUUCUCUUCCCUAGUCCUGUAUUUUUGCUGUUCAAAUAAAGUAUUUUAUGAAAGGAACAA